GCCCCACUGCUAUGGUCGUCCAUUUACACGAUUUGAAUUUCAGCACCACAGACAGCUCAUUCUCCAGCCCCAGCCUCAGCACCGACACCGCCCUGCGCGACUCCACGGCGCCCCAGAGCCCUCAUGGGCUGAGCCGGACCGGCCACACGGCGGUUGCAGUAUGCCUCGGCUUUAUUUUAGUGGCGGGGAUCCUCAACAACUUUCUCACGCUGCUCAUCUUCGCAAAGUUUCGCUCCCUCUGGACGCCCAUUAAUCUCAUCCUGUUGAACAUCAGCCUGAGCGACAUCCUUGUGUGCGUUUUGGGGACACCGUUCAGUUUCGCAGCCAGUUUGCACGGUAGAUGGCUCAUUGGAGAGUACGGCUGUAAGUGGUACGGGUUCGCAAAUUCCCUUUUUGGAAUUGUGUCCCUGGUGUCCUUGUCAGUUCUUUCCUAUGAGCGCUACACUGCUGUGCUCCAUUCCUCCCAAGCGGACGUCUCAGACUUCAGGAAGGCCUGGCUGUGUGUAGGAGGCUCCUGGCUCUACUCACUCCUCUGGACAUUGCCCCCCUUUUUAGGUUGGAGCAGCUACGGGCCGGAGGGCCCUGGUACCACUUGUUCUGUCCAGUGGCACCUCCGCUCACCCACCAGCGUCUCAUAUGUGCUGUGCCUCUUCAUCUUCUGUCUUCUACUGCCUCUUCUACUGAUGGUCUACUCUUACGGACGAAUCCUGGUUGCCAUUAGAAGGGUGGGUAAGAUCAAUCUGUUAGCAGCCCAGCGCAGAGAGCAGCACAUUUUGCUCAUGGUGCUGUCCAUGGUGUCCUGCUACAUGCUGUGCUGGAUGCCCUACGGCAUCAUGGCACUCGUAGCCACCUUCGGUAGGACAGGACUGGUCACUCCCAUGGCUAGUGUGGUGCCCUCCGUACUGGCCAAGUUCAGCACGGUUGUUAACCCGGUUAUCUACGUUUUCUUCAACAACCAGUUUUAUAGAUGCUUUGUGGCCUUCUUGAAGUGCAGCACAGAACCCCACACUGUUCAAAGAGAAGAGCACCAAACCCCAAGAACACAAGUGUCAGAUGCCUUCGGGGUUCAAAGACAGGCCUCCCUCAGCUCUUCACAACCUCAGGUUGUCAGCAGCACCAGAAACACUGCCCUCUGCAGCCGACACAACGAACGGCACAUUCUGUUUGUCCGCUACGCUCCAUAAAAUGUUAUUAUUUUUCUCCGGCCUCACUGUGGAAGCUAUUUUCUCUCAUGUACAGAAUCAAAAAUGCAGCUAAAACACUUAAAUUACAUUUUUUUUUGUCUCUCUCUCAACACCCUGCAUUUGCUUUCCAAUAAUCACAACUUUUUAGGUAUGAAUUUAAAGCCAAUGCUUUGAGAUCAAGCCUCUGCUCGUCAGUGUUGGCCUUCUGUUGACCAUGGUGCUUAAACAUUUGUGAACACUAUAUUUCUGUAUAAACAUAACAAUGUGAAGACACAUUCAUUACCAGAAGCAUAGAGUUUAAGUUACUACUUUAUGAUAAUAGACUUUAAAUCUGCUAUGACUCUGCCCACUUGCAUUAUUGAAUGAAGAUUCAUAAUAAAUAUUUUGGCCCAUUUGUUUCAGUAAGCUUCUUUAUAGCUUGAUGACUUAUGUAACCAAGUUUAAUAGCAUACAUGUUGAAAUAAUACUCCAAAAACACAGUAAGAAUGUAUUUGCUACACUUUUCAAGUGUUAAUUUAUGUUUUGAUGUUAUUCAAAUAAAGGGAAUUCCAACCAAA